AUGCCAGCUGCGACUCCGCAGCUGGUCGUCUUUCCUACCAAUGACCAUAGAUCUUUACUUCGAGUAGUUCAAGGAUCAUUCAAAAACAAACCUGCCGAGCCUUUACACCAUGUUGUCUUUUCAUUAACCGAAUCUCCAAAUUCACCCGCCUAUAGUCUGUUUCGAUCUACGGCCGUUGAAGAUGCUAUGGAUCUUUGUCGUAGAUGUUUGGAGUGUUAUAUCCUUUUUAGGUUAUUAGAUCGAUCGAGCGACGCAAAAAAAUCUAUUCAAGACCUGAUGGCGAAAUUGAAACAGUAUCCUUUGUACCGAAUGAUACAUAUUGCAAUAGCAUGCGAUCGACAAGAUCUAUUUAGUGAAACUAAUGUUGAGUAUCUAAAUAAUAUGAAUACACCAUUCCACAGUCUUAUGAAUAUAAUGGUACAACCAGAAGGCAAAUAUCCGCUGCUUUUGGCGAUUGAAAUGCAUCGCUUGAAAAUAGUGCGGCGAAUGCUUGCGAUGGGUGCGGAUCCUUUAGCAUUCCUCUUGAAAGUCGAUCACUUCAGCAUCAUCAAAGCCAUCAUUGAAGCGUCGCCCGACCUUGUUGCUGAGCGAGACUCAUCAGGCAAUACUGCACUUCACGUUGCUACACAUAAAACACCUUUGAUGGGAUUGCUGCUGCUGAAAUGCAAGGAUGUCGAUUUGAAUGCUAAAAAUAAUGCUGGGCAGACGCCUCUUCAUAUAUUUACGCACAGGGGUGAGAUUGGCUUGAUGAUUACGUUGUUGUCGUACGCUUGCAACAUAGACGCACAAGAUAAUGACGGAAAUACUGCGCUACACAUCGCUGUUUCAAAGCGAAAUCUCGAGGUUUGCUUCUCAUACUCUAGUGCCCUCAGAACAUUUCCUCCAGUGUUGAUGUUUUAUGAGCAACUUAUUGCCCGCCUUGUGGAUUUGGCUUCACGUCAUGAGAAACCUACCAAUAUGGUCAACCUUUUGUCAUUAGACGGAGGUGGAAUUCGAGGACUUGUCAUUCUUCAGACGCUUAUGGCAAUUGAAGAAGAAUUGAAUGAACCGAUUUUCCCAUUUUUCGAUUGGGUAGCGGGUACAUCCACUGGUGCCCUUAUUGCUACUGCUCUUGCGCAAGGCAAGACACUAAGAGAGUGUCAACAUAUUUAUUUACGUUUCAAAGAUUUGAUUUUUGACGGGUGGACGCGGCCUUAUAAUGCUUCCGUGCUCGAAAUGUUCAUGAAGGAGGCAAUUGGAGAAAAAUCCUUAGACGAUAUUAAGUAUCCAAGACUUAUGAUCUCAACGGUAAAAGCAGAUUACUUCCCAGUUAAAUUGGAAUUUAUGAGGAAUUAUCGUCUGCCAUUGUCCAAUGAAGAAAAUAUAGAGCUAGGCUUUGUCGAUCCUGCAGGCAUGGUGUUUUAUUAUUGUUCUGUUAGUCUUCGAGAUAUAUCACGUAAGACGUCAUUUCUCAACUUUUGUGAAAUAUGUCUAUGCUAUAUGUUACAGCAACGUCCAGAAGACAAAGUGGAAAUAGGAUGUAUACUGUCACUUGGUACCGGUCAAAUACCUUUGUCUCCUUUGGAUCCUUUACAUGUGGAAAUUUUCAAUCCGAUCUCCAGUGCCUUCACUUUCAAGAAUCUUAGUCUUAUUCUUGUUGAUCAAGUGACAGCGACGGAAGGAGCCCCUGUUGAUCGUUCCAGAUCGUGGUGCAAUGCAAUUGGUGUGCCAUUCUUCCGUCUCAGUGCCCCUUUACAUAAGGACAUCGGGCUAGGGACUAAAGACGAUCAUGAUAUUGCACAUAUGAUGUGGGAUUGUAUCGAAUAUACUCAUAAGCAUCAUUCUUACAUUGUGAAAAUUUGUGCUCUUCUCAAGCGGCUCGGCAAAACUCCAUUAGAUCGUCCACGUGCUUUGUCAUCUCCCAUGGUAAUGGGGAUAGGGUCAGAAACUUGA